AUGGCAGGCAACUUUACGAUCGGUCAAGUCUUACCAGAGUUUCAAGAGUUAUUUGACGAAAUAUUUGAUGAUGAAGAUAGCGAUGAGUUUGACGGGUUCGAUAUUGAUGAUGAGAAUAACGACGGCGAUUUAUUGGGGUCAUUUGCUGAAGAUACCUGGAUAGAAGGCGGUAAAACUCCCAUGGGGUUUACAUUCACGGGGAAUGCUGGACCUAAGAACUUGCCUGAGCCAGAGACUGGAUCAUUAUCCAUUCUUGACUACUUUGAAGCGGUUUUCACAGACGGACAUCCAGAGCGUACUCAGCACUCCCGCUUCAAGAAAUGGACUCCAGUGACCCAUGGUGAGAUGAAAGUUUUUAUAGCAGUGGCAAUUGCAAUGGGAAUUAUAAAGCAGAUCAACAUGCAGGACUAUUGGUGCACUGACCCUGUAGUAAGUACGCCAUUUUUUUCUUCUGUGAUGCCCCGUGAUAGGUUCCUGUCGAUCAUGAGUUUCUUGCACUUGUCCAACAACACUUUGGCUGUUCCCCGUGGCGAGGAAGGUUAUACUCAUCUUCAAAAAGUUGGUUCUCUCUACCAAGAGCUUCUUCAGAGAUUCCAGGAAGUCUACAAUCCUAGUCAGUGUGUAGCAGUAGAUGAGGGAAUGAUUGCUUGGAGGGGAAAUUUGAAGUUUAGGGUGUAUAGUCCGGACAAACCAAUCAAGUACGGAAAUAAAGCUUUACAUGCUCUGUGA